GUUCUGUGGCAUAGAGUAGAUUACUCUUCGGGCUGGAGCCUAAUUGGAAAAUUUGUUUAUGUUUAUUUAUUUUAUAAAUGUUGUAAAAUUGUAAUACUGUCGAAAACGCAAAACUAUUGUUUGCUUAAUUGAGAUUCAAGUUGAACCUGGAAAUAUGAUUUGUCACUCUCCGGUAAACUUAAUAGAAAAUCCAACACCGGCAAUCCAUUAGUUUUCAGAUUCAGAACAAGGAUGAGCAAACGAAUCUUAUUCUUCCAUUUCUAAAUAGAACCGUUAAUGAAAUUCAGAAUGGGCGUCCAACAUUUACAAAAAUUUUUGGAGAGUCCGAACUUGGAAGGAGGAGCUGUUUCCGUUGACUUAUUGAAAAUUGCUCGAAACGUUACUCAAAGACAACAGCCACACAAUACCAAUCGUAAAAUACGACCUAUCGGCAACAAAUUGAAACUAAUUGUUGAUGCUGAGAACUGCUUAGACAGGUUGUAUGGAGGAUAUUUUUCUGAUUGGGCAUGUGGGGGCCAGUGGAAUAGAAUGGUUCAAUUUUUGUCUCUCUUAACACAAGCCAUUGAACCAGGAAGUAUUGAAUUGGCAGUUGUUUUCAAUGGAACAAUAGAGUCUUGUAGGAUGAACGAGUGGAUUUCUGAGCAAGCAAUCAUAAGAGAAAGAGUUACAUGUAUUUUAAAGCAUAUUAAUACUAAGGCUACCCCACCACCUAAAGUGUGGUGGAUUCCUCCAACAUGUCUUAGAUCAGCAUUAAGAAUGGCAUUGAGACAUUUGGGUAUUACUGUGAUGUGCACCAUGGAUGAUCACCAUCAGGAAGUAAUUGCCUAUUGUAGAGAGUAUGGCUUUCAUGGACUAUUGGCAGAUGAUGCCGAGUAUGCUGCCUUUGAUCCACCAAGAUAUUUUUCUUCAGAAAAUUUGAAACUUACCUACAAAGGUUCAUUGGAGACGAAAGAAUAUAUGGUAAGAGAGUUAACCAAAACUCUGAAUCUAUCCCAGGAACAAGUAUGUGUAAUGGCAGCUUUGUUAGGCAACUUUCUCCUCUCCGAAUCGAGCCUACAAGAUUUGUAUAGAAGGAUUGGUUUGACGGAUGUUACUCAUAACAUGAAAGAGAAAGACGAUUUGGCAAAAAUUGAAGCAAAUAUGAGACAAUUAGCCGAUUACGUAAAAAAUUUGCCACAACCAUCUUCUAUGGAUGCACUGGUUGAAGCAGUCUUUGGAAACGACAAAAGGGCAUCUAAGUUCCGGCAGUCAGUGCAGUAUUAUCUCAAUGGCACGGCCAGCGGUUUCCUGAAGUAUUGUGCGCCGGCAGUAACCAAAGAGAAGAAUACAGAAUCAAAAGAAUUCAGUGAGAGGCGCGAGUUGGAAGAGGAGAAUUCUAAUGCUGCGACAGGAGGUUUUGCAUCAGAAACAACAGAGCAAGAGCGCGAAACACUACAGAAUUAUAAAAUGGCGAUAGCUAAUGUAGUUAUAUCUUCUGAUAUUUUGUCGAAUUCUCAAGAAACAAUUAAAAACAGAGGUGGGAUUAAUUUCUCAUCUGAUCUUUCACAUUUCAACGGAUGCAUCAAUGGCCAAGUUAAGCUGACUAACAUCAUUAGUUCAUGCUCAACAGAUCCAACCACUAAACGAGCUAUUAAAAAUGGUUGCCCAAAAUCUAAUUUGGUAACUCCUACGGUGGCAGCAGAUGUACUCCGCACAGCAUCACUUCGGCAUCAAAAAGGACUUAUGGUUCCACAAAUUCUGCACGUUUUGAGUACACAAGAGAUUAGAUUGCCUUGUCUGAUGGAAGACGAGUUAAAUAGAGAAUUUCCAUCCAUUCAUGAUAUAUAUCAACCACUACGGCAAAAUGUUUAUGCAGUGAUUUUCAAUUUACACCAUCUUCGGUAUUUGCAUAGCAAAAAAAAAGAAUCCAACGAAGUGUCCGAAAACGACGCACCACCUGACAUUUUCGUGAAAGAAUGGAAGUACAGCCGUAGUAAUCCCUACUUGAAACCUGAAGAGGUUAAAGCAGAACCAUUGCCUUGGGCAGUUCCUACCUUACAUAGACUUUGGUUUGGUCCCGCCAUGGACGACAAGCGAAGGCGAAUGAGGGCUCUUCUUUCUUGCCUUAGUUCAGAUUCUCCUCUCAUAUUGAAUACUGCGUAUGUCCCUCAACAUAUGCUCAUAAUGGCUUGUGUUUUGAGAUAUAUCAUGUCGCAAGAUAGAUGUAUUUUGAGGCCUCAAGAGUUGGAUGCCUUUCUUUGUCAAGCCUUUAGUACCGACCUCAUGAAUGCCCAAUAUCUACAAGAAUUAACGUUGAGUGUGGUCACCAGCCGCGGUGUUCAACUUGCUUCACUAUUCAUGCAAGGAGUUGAAUAUGCUAUAUUUGCGAACGAUGCUUGCGGGGCUCCAUUACCUUGGCUUAUGUGCUGUCCAUGGCUCUAUUUUGAUGGAAAAUUGUUUCACCAUGUCCUUGCCAGAUCUGCGCAUUCGAAGAACAUUUUGGAACUUUGUGAGAGUCACAUCGAACGUGUGAUUAAGGUUGAGAGGAUGCGUAAAGCUAUACUGGAAGGUUUAGAUGUCAAAUUCGCGAAACCACCACUUACUGCUUUUCAAGGACUUACACGGCCAAACCUGGGAGGUUCUAGUUGCCUGCCUCAAAUGCCAAUACCUUCAGCUAGAAGCAAUCCAGGUUUGAGGAGACCCGUACUAUCUAAAGGGGGACAAUUGCAAGUCGCUGGUGUGGUUGUUGGUUCAUGGGGAGCAAAUUACGGCUAUCAAGGUUUGAAUAGGCAAUCUGCUUGUCCUCUCAACUAUAGAGCAGGACGUGGAGAUAAUCAGUUUCUUCAGAAUUGCAAAGAAAGGGGACAAGGGGGAAAGUCUUACACACCAGGUUAUCCAGUUGGAAACCGAAAGCAGCCUACGAACAAAAAACGCAGUGCUUCUAACAAAUCUAAUAACAACAGCAACAAGACCGCACCUAAUCAAUCGCGAACUCUGACGGUGAAUACGGAAGGAGGUGAUGUACCGGUUCUUGAAGGGAGGAUUGUUGGAGCUAAAGAAGAUGAACAAAUCCAAAGUAAUAAAGAAGAGCAGCAUCACGGUCAAGGGGAUGCACUUUCUAAGGUCGAAAGUCAAAAAUAUUGAGCCAUGAAAAAUAUUUUACAGUUCAAAAUAUAUGCUUCAAAGUUUCAAUUUCCCCCUUUUUUCAAUUUGUUUUUAGUUGAAGUGUGUAGUCAUAAUUACUGAAUUUUACAUAUUUCAAAUGCUUGAAAAUAUUUUAAUACGAUUCAUAUUUUUAUUAUAUAUAUUACUAUUGCUUUAAACUUAGUGUAGAAAGAGUGGACUAUCAGAGGGUAUAUGAAUAAGCGACAAAUACCCAAUUUGAAGUGUGAUGGAUGUAGUGCUUCAUGUCGUGUGAGAAGAGGAAUAGCAUAUUAUUGUCAGCGAAGGACAACUUCUUGGAAAAACCCGAAAAUUCAGUGUGGUCAGAACAUAUAAAAUAAAUGUGAUCACAAAACUCUAAUACUGACGACGUAUUUAUUCGAGAACAUAUGUAUAUUUUUCUAUAUUUGUUACAACUGUUGAAAUGAAUUUAAAUUGACUGAAGAUUUGCGUUCAGAACGCAAUUGUGAUCGUAUUCAUUCUAUUUAUAAACAUUUUUGAUCUGAUGAUUGUGGGAUAAAUGUUUGAUGUUAUCUUGGUGCGAUUAUUGCCAAGGACGUACUCAGGGGGGAAGGGUCAGAAGGGUUGAAACUUCCCCCCUCCCCCGAAAUUUUUUCCUGGGUACGACCUUGAUUAUUGCACUGCAUUGUGAUAUCAAAUAUAUAUUCAAGGAUUGAGCAAUUAAAGAUGGUUCUACAAGUAUUCAAAAUAUGUAAUCAUUUUGCUUUAUAUCUAUGGUCUUCAGCAAUUUCAACAAAUUUUAUUCCUGAAUAUUCAAAUAUUGAUCAAAGUGUCAUAUACUUCCAGUAAAUUUAGAUGUUUCAGUUUUUUCUUAGCUCUAUAUGUCGCCAAAUAUCAUGGACUUCACCAGGGUCAACGAAAAAAAGAAAAUAAUAAAUUAUAAUAAAAUAUCGAAGAGUAAGUUAUCAAACAAUUCAAGUUCGCGAAAACCCCAAUAUUGGGACAAUGCACGCUUUAUCGAAAUAAUUAAUUUCAAACUACUUUUGCCGAAAAAAUAAGAAAUGAGAUUCAACAUAUCCUAUCUCUGAUGUUCAGUUAUGAUUUUAACAUUGAUUUACAGCCUCUCCAAUUAUAGGGUUAGGCAAAAUCUUGGACCAUAAAUGCAAGGUGUGGAAAAUUGUUGUUGGCCACGCAAUGGCAAGUAGUUACGCAGUGUCGGUAUUUGAAGUAGUUGACUCAUUGUUGUCACAUCAAUUUUCAACGCGGAAAGAUAGCAAGUAUAUACAUUUAUCCACGUAACGCCACUGUCUGUCUCGCUAGACAGAAAUAUCGAAUGCUUGUACGACAACAAAUGCAUUCGUAGCACUGCAAUGGCCAUUCUAUGUGUUUUUGUUCCAAGGGCAAAAUGGAGUGCAUUUUGAAUUCUCUUCAUUGUUUUAUUUAAAAAAAAAUCCCGCUGUGGACAUAGCUCUGUGUAUUCGGAGGUGAAAUCAAGUUGCCCACCAUAUGGCAUUGGAGUACUCAAUACUUUACAGCCACUACUAGUAUUCAAUUAGGGUCCGUCAGUGAUAACCGUUUUAAGGUAAGCGCACAUACAUCGGCAUCGGACGGACGGCAUGGAAGGAACGGCACGGAAGCGGCGGAAUUUUUAUGAAGGUAUCGCACAUAUAUCAUCGAAAUCGCAGGAAGAAUAGGUUAGUUGCGAAUAUGUCUUCAAGCGGUGAGAAAAUUGCGAUUGCUCUGGAAGAAGAAAAUUUUCGAAAAACGAAGGUGGUGUUGACGAAUGUGGAUUAAUGAUAUACAUGAAUGUAGAAAAAGGAAAGUUUUGAGGAAUAUGUACCCUUAUUUAGUCCUAUUUUAGUUCUUCAAUUGGAAUCCAUAAGAGGAGCCACUUAAGAAAAGUGAUAAAUUAUAAUUCCAUACCCACAGUUAUCGUGAAAAUUCAUAUUUCUGUCCUGCUUAUUGGAAUGACUACGGCCAUACAACAAAUGAGCUGCUGUAGGUAGAGACUUGCAAAAUGACGUAGAUGCCGCGGCAAUCUUCGAUUGGUAUCGCACAUAUUUAGGGAUCGGCUGGCACGGCACGCAUCUUCGGAAUUUAAUCCUCGUUCCUUCGGAUGCGAUGCGAUGCGAUGCCUGCCGUCCGCACAUAUGUGCAUUGCCCCAUUCGGUUCCGUUGAAAGUAUUUUAUUCCGAUCCGUACCGUCCGUCCGAUGCCGUUGUAUGUGCGCUUACCUUUACAUCGGAGUGGGAAUUUUGUUGCUCUGGCGAGGCAAUCCCCAAGUAACGAAUAAAAGUGAGCACUUAUACAACGCCAUUGGACGAACGGCAUGGGUCGGAAUAAAAAACUUUCAAUGGAACUAAAUAAAGCAGUGCAAAUAGCAGACAUCGCAUUUUGAAAAUACGGCGGGAAUGAUUAAAGAACGAGAAUUAAAAUCCGACCGAUGCGUAUCGCGCCUGCCAACCUCGACAUAUGUACAAUACCAAUAGUAGGUUGCCACGGUUUCUUCGGUCUCUGCUGUAUAUUUGGUGUACGGGUGUUCAAAGGAAUAGUAGGAAAAAGGAUUUUUUACAAGAAUAUACUGUGAGUAUACAAUUAUAAGGCAUAGGUUUGAAUCGCCAGUCUGCCGAACGUUGGGGAUCGGUUCAACAGAAAAAUCUAGACUCUUAUGACUAUAAUGAUAUGUCCUAACUUGAUUCGUUUUUGAGAUAUCGGGUGUCAAUGUUUUUAUGAAAAAAAAAAAGAAUUGCCAACAUUUUUAUGGCUACUGGCCUGAUUUCUCGUGUCAUUUGAAAAAUUGUUUUUAUAAAAUUCAGCCUAAAUAUUUGGUUUUUUUCAAAAAAUAUUGACUGUAUCUCAAAAACGAAGCAAGUUAGAAACCAUGAUUUGGGAACAAUUUUGUUGAAUUUUUUCAUGAUAACACUUUAUAGCUUAACCCAGGGUCACUCUGUUUAAGUCAAGUGACAGGAGCUACAUGAACUACCAAAGGAGAAAAAAGUAAGUAUGUUGAAAAUAACCGUCUAUAGUGUACACUUCUUCAGUUUUCAGAAAUUUUCCUCUACUAAAGCAAUCGCUAGUUCCUCACCGCUUGAAGAUAUAUUCGAAACUUUAAUUCUUCCGGCGAAUGGAUAUGCACGAUACCUUCAUAAAAAAUCCGUAGACCUUUGUGCCGUUCGUCCGAUGCCGUUGUAUGUGCGCUUACCUUAAAUACGGCGUUGUCCACAAAAGGCGACUUCAAACGGGCGUGUUUAAGCGGCAACGAGCACCUACGAUUUUCAAUUAUAUGUCCUCAGGAAAUAUGAAUAUCCACUAAGUCCUUAGUUUAAAAGUUAUGGCAUUGAAAUCUACAUGUAAUGAGAUCUAGUGAUCUGUCUCCUUACUGAAAGAUCUCAAAGGGCCAAUUUCCAGAUACUGUGUGAAAUAUAAGAUUCCCUUUUGACUUUUCUGAAAAAUCUUGCAAAGUAGUUUUCAUAAUAUGAUGAAAUUCUUGUAGUGAUUAAUGGGACAAACUGAAGUUUUCAAUAUUUAAGUUUUAUUGAAUUGUAAGGGACGGUGCACCAGAACCGUUUGGAGACCACCGAGACGAUGGAGGGAUUCAUGAACAUCAAUCUUACAGGAGGCAUUGGUUGAAAAUACAAGCCCUACAGGCUUAAAAUAAGAAGAAGUAGAAGUUUUGAAAUAUCACAGAUAAUUUCUUGGACAUAGAUAGUCAACGACAAUAUCUGUGAAAAUUGGCUCAACUGCAAGGUUUUGGGGUUUAAUAUGGCAUUCGAGCCAAAAUUAAAUGAUCCACAAUUUUUAUUAUAUACAGGGUGUUUCAUCCUACUUUGGACAAACAUAUAUGGUCAGUAGGUGAUACCGGGAGAAUAAAUUUUGCCUUGUGACAUAUAACCCGUUUUCGACCCAUAAGUGAGAUACAGGAUGUUCAACGUCGUAUUUGAGCAAUAUUCGAAUGAAUGUGGUCACUUAUGUAUAAACCUCUUAGUAACGGUUUUCUGGUCACAUCUGAGUAUUUUUGUGUGCUCAAUUUAGAAAUCAUGAAAAACACUCCGAUUUUUAUUUUUUUUUUAAAUGGCGGUAUAUCUGCAAUGUUCGUGAUUUCUUUUCUCGGUUGCCAAAUUGAAUUUCAUUUUUUGAAUUAAUACAAUUCUCUGAAACACCCUGUAUUGCACACUUUGUUUGAAUUCAGAUUUCCUGGGGGAAAAACAUGAGAAGACGAAUUUUUGGCCAACAAUUUUCAAGCUCACCUCCCUAGAGAGGAAAGUCGCCUAGUUUUCCUAGUAAAAAUACUGCAAAUACAAAAACAGACAGAUUUGGAAUGAAUAUAGUAGUAUCAAAUAUCAUAACGUAUAGGAAAAAUAAAAAUUUCAGUCCUCGAAGUAUUCAGGAAACUAUGACUCUUCACUCUCUCAAUGUUCUCAAUGCAUGUAAUUUUCAAAAUGGAAACCUGAGAUUCCAAAUGGCCAACAAUCUUACCCGAAGUAAAAAUGAGUAUCAAUAAUAGGACUUUAGUCAACACAAACAUUUUCAAUAAAGUGUCUGUUUUCAUCUCAAAUCGCACGAUACAACAAUAUUUUCAAAUAUCCUUCAUGAAAUUAAUGAGAUUGACUCGGAUGUACUGAACCACUGUAAACAAAAUAGGUCCAGCUAAUUCUUUAUGUUAUGUUUAGAUUUUUCGAUGUCGGAGCCUCUUCCACAGCCCCGUACUUACAAUUUGAUGAAAUUUUACUAAAAAUUCUGGGGUUAUAGGUCCGCCAUCUUGAAUAUUUUAUACAGGCAAUUUUUGGUGUAAUGCCUUUUUUUGAUGAUUCUACCUACCUCAAAAAAAGCCUCACCUUUGAAAACAACCUGUCUAUUUUGGUUGUAAAAUUAGAUCUUAAUUAUCUGGAAGCUCUGAAGAUGAUCGAAACUCUUUUUGGGAUUUCAUCCCAUAGAGUGCAAAAAUCAAUUCGAAAUGAAGGCCUUGAAUAAAUCCCCACAGGAUAUCUACCCAUUAGGCAAUAUUGUAGAUAUGACCAUUUCAACCAUAUGAACAUUUCAAUUUCAUAUAGAAAAUGCUGGAAGUAUUUGAUACUUUUCACGAAUCCGCUCGUUUGGACUUCAUUCUAGCCUGAAAAGAGUUACCAAUUUGAUGGACAAAUAGGAAUCAACAUUCUUAAUAAGUCCUACAAUACGAUCCUAUCAGAUCUAAUGUUAGUGGUUGUAUUAACACAUUUGGAAAACAGUUAAAGUAUUAAAAAUUGUUGCCACAAGUAAAGAAACUUAACUACUGAUGCACCAAAUUAUGCAAUGUGCUGAAGAACGGCUGAAACAAAAGGUAAUAAGAUAUUCUGAACAGUUCAUUCCCAACAUUUGUUCAAUUCAUUAUUUCGUGGAGAAACAGAGUUUAGACAUUCAAGUUAAUGAUAGAAUCUCAUUACUACCUGAAUAUGUUGAGAUGACUUGUUCCAAUUUUACAUGCCUCCUAUUGUAAUCGUAGCCAACACUGAGCCGUGCUCGGUUGUAACCAUUUGAAAUUAUAAAAGAGGCUGAUUGAAAUAUUUUUAUAUUACUUUCGUGAAGAGCAACCGAAUAAUUUUUAACUGAUAUCCAUCCAAGAAUGAUUGACAUCUCGGGUGGCUAUGGAAAAUCGAAUUUAGGUUGGUAAUAGCCCAUAAGUUCAGAUUUUGUGUUGCGAAAUUCGGGUUGGUAAUACCUAUGAAUAGAUAGUGAUCUAUAGACCUAUUAUGUGUGAAUCUAUGCACUGACAGCAGAUAAUUUGAAUUUUUACUGCUGUUUAUGUUCGUAAUUUAAUCUCACAAAUUGAAAACAUAAUUGUAUCAAUUUCGAAUGCCGAUGAAUAUGCUCUGAAUUUGAAUAUUUCUUGUUUUCAAACACUUUUCUAGGUAAUAUUUGAUAUUUCAGUUCUGUGAUUGAAACUACAGAAAUUAUUGAAUAUCUUUUGUAACCAGAUAUUAAGGUUCGUCUGGACUUUCAAGGCCUAGUGGGAUGUCAAUCAUUCUUGAAUGAACUAUAUAUACAUAUUAUAAAAUGUUUAGCAUGGUACUCCAACACUAACAUCAUAGUAUAACGCAUAGAAAUUAAUUAUACUCAUUUUAUGGUCAGACAAUGUUUGUUUACCAUUUCAAAUGUUAGUGUUAAAAGCUAGAAGAAUAAUUUCUUUAGUUCUUCAAUGUUUCCUUGGAGAUGGAAUACAAUUUUCGAUCGAAAUUCAUAGUCCAGGAACUAUGCUUAGGAUAUGAUAAUAAAUAUGCAGAAAUCCUAAUUGCAUUGUCAUCUCGAUGUAACAUCUGAAACUCUCUAGAUAUAUGUUGUACUGCUUUGCAAGUUUUAAAAGGAGCUAUAAAUUUUCUGUUGUUUCUUUUAUAUAAAUGUAUCUACAAAAGAGGAGCAGUUGAGUUAAAAUAAGGUAGAUCAUUUUUUUAUGGCACAAAAAUAAACUCUGGCUGAUCUGCCGAAAUUUGCUCCUUAAAAAUUAAGAUGCUUCAGUUUUAUAAUUAAGUAGGUAUUGAAUGUUCUGAAACAAAUUUUAAUCAACAUGUAUCUGAGUGUUCAAUUCAUACCAAAUCUAAUAGUUGUGUAACUCCCAAAUUUAAAAAAUUGAAACUAGUCUCAUUUAAUCUCUUCACAAAAAUAACUUAUUAUAUUCUCCAUUCAUCAUAAGUGUUUUGGCUAACUGUACUGUUCACGAACUCAGAAAAAAAAUCGUUGGAAAAACAUUGAAUUGUGAAACAAUCCAAUAUAUUUGUAUCAAUUUUAUUCGCAAUAUAUGAAAACCUA